AUGUCUCUGGCUGAGACCAUCCGACUGUGGAACGAGGGAGUGUGUGCUACAGACCGCAAGGACUGGACAGCUGCGCUGGAUGCUUUCACCUCAGUGCAGAACCCCCCUUCCAAACUCUGCUUUAACAUUGGCUGCAUCCACCUGAUCCUGGGGAAUUUGGCUGAGGCAGAGCAGGCGUUUGCCAGGAGCAUUAACCGUGACAAGCACUUAGCCGUGGCCUAUUUCCAGCGCGGGACAGUGUUUUACAGGAGAGAGAACUACGAAUUGGCCAUUGAGGAUUUUAAAGAGGUGUUGGCCCUGCUGCGAGGGAACCUGCUGAUAGACUACAAGAUCCUGGGGCUGCCAUUCAGGCUGUUUGCUUGUGAGGUGUUGUAUAACAUAGCCCUGCUCUAUGCUAAGCUGGAGGACUGGAGAAAAGCUGAAGAGCAUCUGACGCUGGCGAUAAGCAUGAAGACUGAGCCCCGGCACAACAAGAUUGACAGGGCGAUGGAAGCCAUCUUGAAGCAUAGACUCUUUGAGCCGGUGGCGAUUCCUCCAGGGAAGCUGUUUAGGCCAAAUGAAAAGCAAGUGGCUCAGCUGGAGAAGAAGGAUUACCUGGGAAAAGCUACGGUCGUGGCGUCUGUCGUCGACAAGGAUAGUUUUUCAGGGUUUGCUCCGCUUCAGCUGCAGACGCCUGGCCCUCCACCCAGACCAAAGACGCCAGAAAUCCUCCGGGCCCUGGAAGGGGAGCCUCACCGUGUGCUGUUCGAGUUCACGCCCGAGACCGCAGAGGAGCUGCAAGUCCUGCCGGGAAACAUUGUCUUUGUCCUGACGAAGGGGAAGGACAACUGGGCCACCGUUAUGUUCAACGGGAAGAAAGGGAUUGUCCCCUGUAACUACCUUGAGGCCGUGGAGCUCCAGAACCAGCCGCAGUCACAUCCUUCACAGGAGGAAACCCCUGCUGAGUUGGACAUCCCUGCCCCACCCAGUUCCACCGCUCCGGAAAAGCCCAGGUCUCCAGCACCAGGUCAAAAGGAGGGAACUAAAGAAAUGGACGAAACUACCUCAAGCCCAUAUGUUCUCAAGGUGCAUUACAAGUACACAGUAGCAAUACCAGUCCAGCUUGGAAUCAACUACAGCGAACUCCUGGACACGGUGUGCAAGAAACUGGAGCUCACACCAGAGCAUACAAAACUGAGGUACCGGCCUGCAGAGAGUGAGGAGCUGGUAACUCUGAGCGAGGACAGCAUGAAGACAGUAUGGAGUCACGCUAAGGACUAUUGCCUGACACUGUGGUGCGACGUCACAGAGGGAGACAAAGAUUUACCCAGAGGGGAAGAUGGCCAAGCUAAGGAGGGUACCCAGAAGACACCACCACAACAGCUGGAAGCAAACCAUGUGGUAGCUCGAUACAGUUAUGAAGCCAUCCAGCCCGAGGACCUGGAGUUCCAGGCAGGAGAUGUGAUACUCAUUUUAUCCAAAGUGAAUGAAGAGUGGUUGGAAGGCCAGUGCAAGGGGAAGGUGGGCAUUUUCCCCCGAGCUUUUGUUCAAAAAAGUGAUGCCGAAAACCCUGAAAUCUAAUUCCACAGAAGCCUGAGGACCCCAGGACGUGCAACAGUAGCGUUUAACAGGUCUCCUCUCAUUAACCACUGUAUACAGAAAUGUUACCCUCGUGUGUAAGAAAAGCCUUAAUUUUCUUUGUUUCACCUUUUGGUUUGCCCCAGCUCUUAUUUAAACAUGUCCCAGUUAGCACCUUGUUUAUGAACCAUCUCCCAGCACGGAGACCAGCUACUCAGGCCUGCCUGAACAGUUGUGCUUUUAGACCACUUGAGAAGCAGCAGCUCUCCCCACAUCUAUUCUGCCUCUGGCAAGAAUCAGGAAACUGCUUCUCAAAGAGGGCAGUACUGUUCUAUUUAUGGCACUGCCAGCAAGAAUGGAAAAGGAGCUGGCAGUCAGGAGAGAAGGAUGACAGGUUAAUCCUGCCACAUCAUUAGUCACCUGUCAGCCUCCACAACCCUACUUCUCCCUUUCCCCCUUCUAACAUGACUGUCUUUUUUCUGCUCCAUCAUUCAAUAAAAUGGCUCUUCUUUCAGUGCUUCACCUUCACUGACUAGCAGCCGGGAUUUCU